GUACUUUACCUUUCAACCCUUCUCCAACCUUUCUAGCCCAUUUCCCUUCUUCGUAUUCACUUUUCACCGUUUUACCAACGGUACUGACGGAAGGAAAGGGUAAGGUAAUAAACGCCUGCGUAUUUUCCCGCGCUGGCUGGAAGAACCCCCCUGUGUCAUCUUUUGUCUCCAGGCCCUCCCACACCCCGCCUCUCUACCUCCCGCCCCUUACCUCUCUCUACGAAGUACUUUCUUCGUUUCCUUUUCCUUUUCCUUUUCCUUUCCCCCCUCCUUCUCCUCCUUCGAUCUUCGAUCUUCUCCCUAGCUUCAGUGUUUCCCCUGCCUCAUGAACUCCCGCCUGAAGAGCAGUUUUGGCUUUGGUAAACGCAAAUCAGUGACGAGUAUCCAGAACCACGACCCUAAUAACCGCGCCUCCCCGAGUCCGACCCCUCCACCUCCACCAGGUGGUCCCGGUGGCACUGCUCAAAUACCGCAACAGCUGCCGCUCCGUCCUAGUUCCGUCGCUUCUGUCUCGUCCACCGCUUUUACUCCCAUGAAUCAUCCCGGCGCUCCCAUCCGCCCUCCUAGCUACGCACCCAACUACGCUCCCGUCGUCGCCCCUGUCGGUCGCACCAGUCCCCUGACGACCAACCAAGGUUCCACUCGCACACCGCCCUCCCAAAUGGUCGGCGGUCCACCUCCCAUCAACACGGGCGUGCCCGUCGCCGGUUACCCCCCUCAGCUCCCCCCCGUGAACACGCAAGGUCCCCCUCCUAUGGGCGGGCCCCCUGGCUAUGCCGGCGCAGGCUAUGGUCCCCCUCCACAACAACAACAAGGCCCGCCUAUCGGCCAGCAGUUUGCUCCGAGGACUGCGGAAGUCGAAGGCAAUAGUAGGAACAAGGCCCAGUUGAUUGUCGGUAUUGAUUUUGGAACGACAUUUUCCGGAGUAGCAUUCGCUUUCGCGACAAACAACGAGGCGAAGGAAGAUAUUAUCACAGAGUGGCCAGGUGCUGGUUCGUAUACGAAGCAGAAGAUUCCCACGGUUCUUUACUAUGACCAGUAUCAAAAAGUCGUUGGCUGGGGACCAGAUAUCGCUGAUGCGCUGGCCCCCACCGGCUACCCGAAACCAGGUGUUCAGAAAGUCGAGUGGUUCAAACUCCAGCUCAUGUUGUCCGGUAACACCUAUAUCGACCCUAUCAACCUACCUCCCCUGCCGCCCGGUAAAUCCGAAAUCGAUGUUGCGGCCGAUUAUCUCUUCAAGCUACGUCAGGCUAUGCGUGCGGCACUGCAGAAGACACUCGGCGAAGUGUUCAACCGCGAGGAGCGGAAUAUCCGUUACUAUCUGACCGUCCCGGCCAUCUGGAAUGAUGCCGGCAAGGCAGCAACCAGAGCCGCAGCCAUCCAGGCCGGUUUCCUGCGUGACGAAAACGACAACAGGUUAACGCUCGUGUCCGAACCCGAGGCGGCGGCCCUCUUCUGCGCCAAGACCGGCCUGCUCAACCUGAAAGUUCACGACGCCCUACUCAUCGUUGACUGCGGCGGCGGUACGGUCGAUUUGAUUGCGUACGAAGUCGAGGAUGAGAACCCGUUCACGGUGGCCGAAUGCACGGCGGGAUCGGGCGACUCGUGUGGCUCCACUGCGCUCAACCGCAACUUUAGUAACAUUCUGCGCACCAAGAUUCGCAAGAUGAAGCUGCCCGAUGGCUCCAAGACGGCGGGUCGCGUGUAUGCCAAGUGCAUCAUGGACUUUGAGAACCGCAUCAAGGCUGAUUUCCGUAACAACGGUCAGAAGUGGGCUGUGGAUGUCGGCAUCGAGGCGGAGUUCCCCGAGGCUGGCAUCGAGGAAGGUUACAUGACCUUCACCAACGAGGAGAUUCUCCAGUGCUUCGAACCCGUGGUCAACCGUAUUUUGGAGCUCGUCCGAAACCAGAUCAUUGCCAUUCAGGCCCAGAACCGGACUCUACAGAACAUCCUCGUCGUUGGCGGGUUCGGCGCCUCAGAGUACCUGUUCCAGCAGAUCAAACUGCACGUGCCGCCGCAGUUCCAGUCCAAGGUUGUGCGACCGAUGGACUCGGUGGCUGCCAUUGUCAAGGGCGCCGUGACGGCUGGUAUCACUGAGCGGAUCAUCACCCACCGUGUGGCUCGCCGGCAUUACCUCAUGGCCACCCUUCAGCCGUUCAAGGAAGGCUACCACCCCGAGGCGUACCGUGUCCCCUCGCUGGAUGGGAAGGACCGGUGCAAGUUCACCCGCCAGAUCUUCGUGCAAAAGGGCCAGAAGGUCAAGAUCGGAGAGCCCGUCAAGGUGUCUUUCUUCCGGCAAGUUGCGCCGGGGGCCACGCUUAUGUACGAGGACGUCCUGUACGCUUGCGAUGACGACGUGUGCCCGGAAUAUACCAAGGAUCCUCGCAUCAAGGAGGUGGUGACGCUCACUUCGGACCUCUCGCGGAAGAACCUGGAGAAGGACUUUGAGAGAAUGGACACUCCACAGGGCACUUUUUACCGUGUAUACUUCGACAUCUAUCUGACGCUCGAUGGUUCCGAAUUCAGCGCCGAGCUGGUCUGCCAGGGUGAGGUCAUGGGCCGCUGCCGGGCUCGCUUUAGGUAA